UGAGAUGUGCAUACAGAGCGUGGCUCUAGGGUCAGUGCAAUGAGGGUGAUUGAGCAAACCACCACUCCUGGAGAUGGUGAAGGACAGGGAAGCCUGGUGUCCUGCAGUCCAUGGAGUCGCAAAGAGCCAGACACUCUGAGUGACUGAGCGACUGAACAACCACAAUAAGGGUGAUGCAGUCAAGGGAGGCUUUAUUGGAAGAGGAGCCCCUGCUUCUGGUCUUGCAGGUACAAACAGGUGUCCCUCACACUGGAGACACGUGCAAGCCCACCACACACCGUCAAGGAGAUUCUCGGGACUCCCCACCUGCCUGAGCCAUCCAGUCCCAGCUCCUUCACCUAGAGAAGAAUGGGCCCCUGGGACUCGAAUAGUGACAUCUGGACACACACUGGCCACUCUCCCAGGACCACGCACAAACCUCUUAUCCCCAACCUGCCAGCCGGCUGCAACCUGCCCUUUCUAAUUCCAGCACCACCCGUGACCCAGGUUUGUACAAGGAAGAGAGUUCAGCUCAACUGCCUCUGUUUUUCCUCCUUUGGCACCCGACAAAGAAGAGAGGGGCCCUCAGAGAAGAAACCCCGGGGCUCUGAGAGACCCUCUCCUCCCAUCCCAGCACCCACCCUCCCCCCACAGCAGGGUUUUUCUUCUCUCCCAUCAUCGGACACCCAGGAGGCAGACAGAACCAGGCAUCAAGAUUCCAGUCACUCUUCUCCACACAGACCCCCUCCUGGAGCAGCUUUGGGGCACCCGAGCAUCAAGGUAGGUGGGGCUGCCCCUUCUCACGGCUCCAGCCUCUUCCAUUUCCUUUCCUCUCAUGUCUCUAGGCUCCGCAUCACCCCCAUCCCACUAGCCUGUCUUCUUCUCCUUUUCCUUCUUUGUUCCUACUUGCUUCUUCUUCCUCCUUUUCCGGCCCUCCUCCUUCCUCUUUCAGAAGAAGAAAGGAGGGGGUUGGAUCUAGAGUCUGAAGAUUUGGAGCCUCCUGACUUUAUCACAUGUUAGCUGUGUGAUCUGUGGCAAAUUGCUUAACAUCUCUGAUCUCAGGUCCCUUAUUAGUAAAAUAGGGAUGAUACUAAUGCCUCCCUUAUAAGAUUGCUAUGAGGUUUGAAUGACAAAUACAUUGGAGGAAAAGACCUUUGGACGUUUGCAAAUAGUGAAUAUUAUUGUUAACAACAUUUCAAUUGUUUUAUUGUGUUACCCCCCAUUAACCAAACAGGCCCCAUUCCCCCUUCCAGAGAUGAGCUUCCUAGAGCAAGGAGACAGCACUUCAUGGCCAUCACCAGCCAUGACCACCAGCGCAGAAAUAAGCCUUGGGGAACAGGGGACCAAGGUCUCAAGAUGGACAAGCCAGGAGGCUGUAGAGGAAGGGGAGCUCCCAGGCCUGAAGGGAGGUCCCCAGUCCAGGCCAGCUGCUGAGUCCACCAGGCUGGAGGCCACAUUCCCCAAGGCCACACCCUUGGCCAAAGCCACUCCCUCGUCUGGGGUGGGCACCCCCACAACAGAGCGAGACAGCCUCCCCUCUGACUGUUCAGCCUCUGCUUCUGGCUCCAACACAGAUGAUCUGGAUCUGGGCAUAGAGUUCUCAGCCCCAGAAGCAUGGGGGAAUGAGCUCGGCCUGGUGGAAGAGAGGCCGGCCCAGUGCCCGUCCCCGCAGGUGCCGGCACUCAGGCUGGGCUGGGACGACGAGCUGCGGAAGCCGGGGGCCCAGAUCUACAUGCACUUCAUGCAGGAGCACACCUGCUACGAUGCCAUGGCAACCAGCUCCAAGCUAGUCAUCUUCGACACCAUGCUACAGAUCAAGAAGGCCUUCUUUGCCCUGGUGGCCAAUGGCGUUCGGGCCGCACCUCUUUGGGACAGCAAGAAGCAGAGCUUUGUGGGGCCCAGGGUGAACCCCACUCCUCUCUCUUCCCUCCGCACCCCGGCAGGGAUGCUGACUAUCACAGACUUCAUCUUGGUUCUGCAUCGCUAUUACCGGUCCCCCCUGGUCCAGAUCUAUGAGAUUGAAGAACACAAGAUUGAGACCUGGAGGGAGAUCUACCUUCAAGGUUGCUUCAAGCCUCUGGUCUCCAUCUCUCCCAGUGACAGCCUAUUUGAAGCCGUCUACACCCUCAUCAAGAACCGUAUCCACCGCCUGCCAGUCCUGGACCCAGUCUCAGGCGCCGUGCUGCACAUCCUCACACACAAACGGCUUCUCAAGUUCCUGCACAUUUUUCAGGGCACCCUGCUGCCCCGGCCCUCCUUCCUCUCCCGCACCAUCCAAGAUCUGGGCAUUGGCACAUUCCGAGACUUGGCUGUGGUGCUGGAAACAGCACCCAUCCUCACUGCACUGGACAUCUUUGUGGACCGGCGUGUGUCUGCGCUGCCGGUGAUCAAUGAAGCUGGACAGGUCGUGGGCCUCUACUCCCGCUUUGAUGUGAUUCACCUGGCAGCCCAACAAACAUACAACCACCUGGACAUAAGUGUGGGAGAAGCCCUGAGGCGGAGGACACUGUGUCUGGAGGGAGUCCUUUCCUGCCAGCCCCACGAGACCUUGGGGGAAGUCAUCGACCGGAUUGCCCGGGAGCAGGUGCACCGGCUGGUGCUUGUGGAUGAAACUCAGCACCUGCUGGGCGUGGUGUCCCUCUCCGACAUCCUUCAAGCUCUAGUGCUCAGCCCCGCUGGCAUCGACGCCCUCGGGGCCUGAACACAUCGCAGUCCUCACUCUUGGGCCACCUUCCACACCUGGAAGCAGUGAAGGGAGCCGGGGACUCGGCCUUCACCUCCCCCACCCCCUUUUGUGGGUUCCGCUCUUGUUCAGGCUUCCCUAGCCCUCCCCAAUUGCCCCCUGCCCUGCCUGUGCUCCCAGAAGCCCUCAGGAAUGCCCGGUCCACCGUGAAUGAUGAAAUUAAAGAGAACAGCUGAGUCAAGCCCGGAGCUCUUGGAAUUAGAGGCACUAGGAUUACCCCGGAGCUGACUGCUCCGUGCCACCCACACUGCUCUCCCCCACCUGGCCCCAGUGGGGUGGGGAGCCCUCAGUCAGGGGCUCUGGAACUCACACAGGGGCUCUGGAUUCCUCCGCUUCUGGAUUACCUGGCACCAAGCCCCCAGCUCCCCCAUGCACGCUGCCCUGGCGGUUGCUCCCGACUUUAUUACUGCCCUCCUGCUCCCCCAGAACUGCGUUUCACGGCUGACUGCAGGGCCCCACAGAGCAGCAGCUUUGCAGAGCUGCCGGUUGGAGUGGGAUUCCUUCUCCAUUCUCAACCUUGGCUCUCAUCAUCGAGCAGUGUGCCCAGUCCCCAGGGAGGGCCUGCAUUUGGAUCACCGAGGAUGAACCAUCGAGACAACAAAAAGGAAACGAACAGCCCAUGAACUCAGACUUUGUCCUUUUCACUCAGAAAAUGCUAUGGUCAUCUGAUCUGAACUCGUGGCAAGACUCCCCCCCCCCCCCCAUCCUUUCUGAGUUCAAAGACACAAAGGAAAAUCUGUAAUUGACAAACACUGCAAGUGGUGUUUCUGUUU